CUGUUGCUCGAGCUUUGUGAAUAAAGCCGCCUCUAAAGCCGCCUCCCGCCUUCGAACCCCUUUCUAGCUUUGUGCUUGAGCAGUCGAACAUCACUCACAUCGUACAUACAUACAUCCAAAACAUCACAAUGGCUGAGACUAAGAACACCUCCAAGGCCUUCAAGCUCAACACGGGCGCCGCCAUCCCCGCCAUCGGCCUGGGGACAUGGCAGUCCCAGCCCGGCGAGGUCGGCAAGGCCGUUGAGGCGGCGCUGCGGGCCGGGUACCGGCACAUCGACACGGCCUUCGCCUACGGCAACGAGAAGGAGGUCGGCGAGGGCAUCCGCGCGUCGGGCGUGCCGCGCGAGGACAUCUGGCUGACCACCAAGCUCGACAACCCGUGGCACAAGCGGGCGCCCGAGGCGCUCCGGCGCUCGCUCGAGAACCUGGGCACCGACUACCUCGACCUGUACCUGAUGCACUGGCCGUCGAGCACCACGCCCGAGGACCUCAAGAAGCACUACCCCGACUGGGACUUUGUCGACACCUGGCGCGAGAUGCAGAAGCUGAUGGACACGGGCAAGAUCCGCAACCUGGGCGUCAGCAACUUUGGCAUCAAGAACCUGGAGCGCUUGUUGAACGAGCCGAGCUGCAAGAUCGUCCCGGCCGUCAACCAGAUCGAGCUUCACCCCGGCAACCCGUCCCCUAAGCUCAUUGCCUACUGCGCCGAGAAGGGCAUCCACUGCUCCGGGUACUCACCCCUGGGUAGCAGCGACUCGCCGCUGUACAAGAACGAGACGAUCGCCUCCAUUGCCAAGGCCAAGGACCGCAGCGUGCAGCAGGUUAUGCUGAUGUGGGGUUUGAAGAAGGGCUGGAGCGUGCUGCCCAAGAGCGUCAACCCGGACCGCGUCAAGGCCAACUUCAACAUGGACGGGUGGGACCUGACAGACGAGGAGGUGGCCAAGAUCGACAGCAUUCCGGAACGAUUCAAGGUGUGCGGUGACGCGUGGCUGCCGGUCAAGGUGUUCUUCGGCGAUGACGAGUAAUGGGGACUGGAGGGAGUCCUGGAGAAGUUAGACAGCCCAAAAAUAGAAGCCGCCAAAAAGAAUCCAACCCAUACUUACCACUGGCGCUGUGACAUCACCAACAAGACACC